CUUUGAAAACGAUGUUUUGCUAGUUGAGUUAGACAGCGACCCUAAGCUUAGCUUCUUCCCAACAAACCUACAUUUUGUCACGACUUUUAUUUCUUUAGUUUUCGUUAACAUUUAAAUAAAACACAUGGUCAGGAUGACACAGAGGCACUGCCUGGAGGGCCAGGUGUACUCGGUGCCGCUCAUCCAACCCGAGCUGAGGCGAGAGGAGGCUGUUCACCAGAUCGCAGAUGCCUUGCUGCACCUGGAGUCCAUUUCUACAGACAUUUUCAGAAGGGUUUCUGAAAGUGUAGAGAGGAAUCGGCGCCAGUUGCAGAGCGUCUCUGACCGGAUCAGACUGGCUCAGGCCCGCGUUGACAAGAUUAAAGGCAGUAAGAAGGCCACCAAGGUUUUCUCCAGUGCCAAGUACCCGGCCCCGGACCGGCUUCAGGAUUAUUCGUCUAUCUUUGCAGGGGCUGCAGACCCCUCCUCACAAACCCGCCCUCAUCACAAGAUACAGAAUAAACUUCGACCUUUUGAUGAGAAGGCCUGGCAGGAGAAGUUGAUGUAUUUCCCGGUGUGUGUGAGCAACAAGAAGAAGUCCGAGGAUGAGACUGAAGAAGGGUUAGGCAGUUUGCCUCGAAACGUCUCCUCUGUCAGCUCUCUGCUGCUCUUCAAUACUACAGAGAAUCUAUAUAAAAAAUAUGUGUUCCUUGAUCCUCUGGCGGGAGCAGUGACAAAAACUCACACAACACUGGAGACAGAAAAAGAGGAGAAACCGUUUGACGCCCCUCUGUCCAUCACGAAGAGGGAGCAGCUGGAGAGACAGACAGCAGAAAGUUAUUUCUACGUGCCAGACCUGGGUCAGGUGCCUGAGAUAGAUGUGCCGUCGUACCUCCCCGACCUUCCAGGUAUCGCAGACGACCUGUCGUACAGCGCAGACCUCGGGCCUGGGUUUGCCCCGUCAGGAUCCACGCAGAACAUCCCUGAGCUGCCCUCCUUCUCCGAGGAGAGCUUCGCACCUGGAGUUCAGCACCAACCAAAUUCUCUACCACCUCCACCGCCUCCUCCCCCUCCCCCUCCCCCCGAGCCUGUCCUCACUCUUGCCACUCCUUCAGAAACGCCUCCUCCACCUCCUCCACCACCUCCUCCCUCAGAGAGUUCCACAGAAGUCACCAAAGCACCAAGUUCAGGCCCUGUGUCCGGCGCUCCCAGUGAAGUUGUUCAACCAUCAGACGGCCGCGCCAGCCUGCUGGAGUCCAUCCGCAACGCCGGCGGCAUCGGCAAAGCCAAGUUACGCAACGUCAAGGAUCGCAAGAUGGAAAAGAAGAAACAAAAAGAACAAGAACAAGCGGUCAGAGCAGCGUCCAGUGGUGGAGACUUUAUGUCAGAUCUCUUCAAUAAACUGGCCAUGCGCAGAAAAGGUAUAUCAGGAAAAGGCCCGGCAGGUGGGGAGUCCAGUGAGCCGUCUUCUGGCAACAGUGGAGCAUUCGCCCGGAUGUCUGACGUCAUCCCACCACCUCCAGCCCCGCACUCGAUGGCAGACGAAGACGACUGGGAGGCGUAAUGUGAUCAACGAUGAACAGCACUAAUGUUUUUUUGUUUGAACUCAAAUUUAUUACAUUUCACAAUAAGAUGCCAUUCUCAAUCUAAAGAGAGUUCAUCAAAAGCUAAUGCAGCAGUAAAGCUAAAGUAAACAUCGCAGACACGUAAAUGUUCAAAUAAUUUAUUGGCAUAUUCAUGAAACAAGUUUAACAACAAACUUCAAUACAAAAUGUUAAUUGCUGAGAAGAUGGGACUGAUUUAGAUUAUAAAACAAUCUGCACUUCUUUAAACGUUUAA